CGGACGGUAGAGAGCCGGAAGAAAAUGUGAGAAGGGGCGGAAAGAGAAAGGAGAGGCGUUGUGUUUCGUGCUAAAAUGACGACGUUAGUGUUGGAUAACGGAGCCUACAACGCCAAAAUCGGUUACAGCCAUGAGAAUGUCUCGGUUAUUCCUAACUGUCAGUUCAGGUCAAAAACAGCACGUCUUAAAACUUUUACUGCUAACCAGAUAGAAGAAAUAAAGGACCCUUCUGGACUCUUCUACAUCCUUCCUUUUCAGAAGGGUUACUUGGUGAAUUGGGAUGUUCAAAGACAAGUUUGGGAUUACCUUUUUGGAAAAGAAAUGUAUCAGGUUGAUUUUUUAGAUACUAAUAUUAUUAUCACAGAACCAUAUUUUAACUUUACUUCUAUUCAAGAAUCAAUGAAUGAGAUCCUAUUUGAAGAAUACCAGUUCCAAGCAGUAUUAAGAGUAAAUGCUGGGGCUCUCAGUGCACAUAGGUAUUUCCGAGAUAACCCUUCCGAAUUAUGCUGUAUCAUUGUUGAUAGUGGGUACUCCUUUACACAUAUAGUUCCUUAUUGUAGAAGUAAAAAGAAAAAAGAAGCAAUUAUUCGGAUAAAUGUGGGAGGGAAACUCCUAACCAAUCAUCUAAAGGAGAUCAUAUCUUAUAGGCAGUUACAUGUUAUGGAUGAAACACACGUGAUUAAUCAAGUGAAAGAAGAUGUAUGCUAUGUGUCUCAGGAUUUUUAUAGAGAUAUGGAUAUUGCCAAGUUGAAAGGAGAAGAAAAUACAGUAAUGAUAGACUAUGUUUUGCCUGACUUUAGUACAAUUAAAAAGGGCUUUUGUAAGCCAAGGGAAGAGAUGGUGCUAAGUGGAAAAUAUAAAUCUGGGGAACAAAUUCUUCGUCUGGCCAAUGAAAGAUUUGCUGUACCAGAAAUACUCUUUAAUCCUUCUGAUAUAGGAAUUCAAGAAAUGGGAAUUCCAGAAGCUAUUGUCUACUCAAUUCAGAACUUACCUGAAGAAAUGCAGCCGCAUUUUUUUAGAAACAUUGUUUUGACAGGAGGAAAUUCCCUUUUCCCAGGAUUUAGGGAUCGGGUUUACUCAGAAGUUCGAUGUCUCACUCCAACCGAUUAUGAUGUUUCUGUUGUGCUGCCUGAAAACCCUAUUACUUAUGCCUGGGAAGGAGGAAAAUUGAUAUCAGAGAAUGAUGAUUUUGAAGAUAUGGUGGUAACAAGAGAAGAUUAUGAAGAAAAUGGACAUAGCGUCUGUGAAGAGAAAUUUGAUAUUUAGGUAACAUUUCAGAAAGUUUUGACUGGUUCUGACAAAGGUUUAAUUUAAACGUUCUUUUUAAAGGUUAAAGAUCUGUGCUACCUUUUAUCUUAAGAGAAAGACUUGAACUUAUGUAAAUACUUUGAUGUAGGGGUAAUUUUCAAAGGUUUCUCAGCUUGGUUACUAAGUGAACUGUAACUCAGCCCAUAUUUUCAUUUAGGAGCUACAUUACCAUAAACAAUGCUUAUGCUGUUUCUGAGAGUAUGUUAUCUUUCAUUAGAAGAUGAAAGAGUGAAUGCAUUUUAGAUUUAAUUCUUUAUAGUUGAAAGCAGAGACUUAACUGUCUCGCUGGUCAGUUUUCCUCAGGAGGUAGUUUUGUGUGACUGUGUCUAGGAAUUGGCCAAAGUGUUUUCAGUCUGGUAUGAUUUCUCUUUUAGAACAAGUAUUUUACUUUAAAUUUGUCAUUCUUAUUUGUAUAUACUAAAGUUGUAAAGACCA